CCAAGGGCAAACCCUAUCCUGAACUUCCCUUUCUUACUGUGUUGCCCAGGCACCUGUGACCAUGGUGGCACCUGGAUGCUAGGCCUAUGCCACUGCCCUUUGGGGUUCUCUGGGGACCACUGUGAGCUCCAGGAGAUCAGGUGCCAGAAUGGAGGUAAAUGGGAUGGCCUCAAGUGCCACUUCCCUAGCAUCUUCCAUGGCUACUGUUGGAGUUUGUGGUGGAAGAGGUGGAUCUGGACACUGUGGGUGCUGAAGGGGAUAUGGAGGUGUCUGUUGACCAGGAGAUCUCCCCUGACCUCAAUGACAACACUUCCAAGGCCUACGAGGAUUUCAGCGACACCUUCUGGGAUCAGGAAUGGCAGCAUUGUGGUGCCCUUUAGCCUCCAGCUGGAGAGCGAGUAUGAGAAGGUGAAGACAGUCUUGAAGGAGGAGCUCCAGAAUGUCAGCCACAAUGGGGACAGCUGCCAGAGUGACUAGACCCUGUGUUUUAGGCCUGACUCCAUCAAGGUGACCAACGACACCAGGAAGGAGCUGACCCUGGAAGCCAUCUGUCGCCGCGCCACUGCCAAAGGCUAUGAGGAUUUCUUCUUCCCCUCGGUGGGGGAGAAGGGGGAGAACCGGCUCCACUGCGUCACCAAAUGCACGUCGGGCGUGGAUGGCGCCAUCGACUGUCACGAAGGCCAGUGCCUUGUGGAGAGGAGCGGUCCCGCUCGCCGGUCCUGGGGCGGCGACGGAUGUGCGAUGAGGACACUGUGGGGACGUUUUCGGACUUGGGCUUGGAGGACGAGCGAACAGUCAAGGAUGAAAACUUCCAGGUGGCCUUGGAGGACGUGGACAUCAAUGUGAGCGUGAGGGUGCCAAGGGGGGAUGGUGAGGAGCUCUCCCAGAUCCAGGUCCAGAAGCCCUCCCGCCAGCCACCAGGGCAGGGGCCAGGCUAGGACCAGGAGGCAGUGGCUUUCCAGCCAGUCUGAGCAGGGUGGCUCCCUGUUCCCACUCCCUCUUUCACACAUAUUCUGUGGCGGGUGCGCAUCCAGAGACCUGAGGUGGCCUCGUCCUUGCUGUGGGCCCUGCGCCUCCCCCUCCCCCCCUGCCCCCUGCCCCCAACGGUAGGAAGGAACCAUACGCACCGCAUCCGUUUUGAGAGAUGGCCCGAGGACUCAUGCAGCGCCGUCUCCCGGUUACCUUGGGCAAAAUCCGACCAGCCCCCCGAUCCUCAUCCUUCUCCCAGCUUGGGUGAAACCCACCUGGAGACCCAGUUCAAACCCAGGCUCCUCCACUGUGGGACCUCGGGCAAGUCAGUAACUUCUCAGAACCUGUAAAAUGAGUAUAGCAUACUCGUGCUGAUACCUUGAACGAUUGUUGUGAAAACUAGAUGUGCUCCGGCAGAUCUCUGUCCCAGUGCACCUUCCUGUGUCCCCACAUGCUUCAGGGGUCUCGGACCUCAGUCUCUAUUCUCCUAUGCGCCUCCCUAUGCCUGUUCCCCACCCGCAGCUGGAACCACCCUCCCUCCUGCUCCCUAUGGAACUCCUUGCCACGUCCCUUGCCCCCACCCUUAAAUCUCCCCCUCUGUGAACCCACUGCUUGACUCACUCCAUGCCCCAGGCCCCAGCCCCAAGUCUCCCCCAGUUUGUCCCUUCCGCUGUCUUUAUGACUUCAGCCCUAAAUUCUUACCCCUAUCCCAGUGCCCCCAUCCUAAAUCCUCCCUCCUCCCCUGACACCCGGUUUCCAGUUAUGUACAGAUGUCCCUUGCCUCUCAGGUCCCCCGCUGCUGCUUCCCAGGCCCUGGUCUCCUGUUCUGAGGCUCCAUUCCUUCUCCCUCCCAAGGACACUGGAUCCGGGGCCUCAAGAAUGAGCAGAAGUGGAGCCCUGAGAUGGAGAAGCCCUCUCAGCUCCUUGGCCUCAUUCCUCUGUCUCCCCUGUCCCCUCCCACCCUUCCUCACCGCUCCCCUCUCCCUAGCCUCGCCCCCAUCCCUGCAGUAACCUCAGGGGCCAGAAGUCCCCAGCCUUCUCUGCAGGAACAUCUCAUGUGCAGACAGGAAGCCUGCCAGCCUCCAGUUCUCCCGUGUGAACACAAUAUGGCAUUUCUUGUAAAAGAA